AUGGCAUCUGCCAAGCGUGAGGCCCUCUCUGCGUGCACGUCGGUGGAAUCCAUGGGUAGUGCGAUGGCUUCAAUGCCCUACUACCUAUCCAAAGGCACCAACGAGCUUGUGGCUUCUUCGGUUGAUGAAGCCGUUUCUGCGCUGAAGUCUGUGCUGUUGAUGACCAUCACAGGCGUUGGGGAGAUCCUCUGGUUUGUCAUAAAUAUGAUGUACUCUACCUACGCCUGUCUUAUUACAAUGGCUGUCCGCGGCACAGUAGGAGCCGGGAUUGAAUUGAUCAAGGAGGCUACUGAGUGGAUCAACAAAACUCUAAAGACAAUCAGCGGUGACAUUGAGAGUACCGUUGAUAAAUACAAAGACGAGCUGAACUCAUUUCUCGAGACAAUCAACAAGGUGGCCAGCGUGUUUUCGGAUGAUCCUAGCCCAAUCAACCUCAACAGUACAAUCAGUACGCUGGAAAAUCUGUCUCUUCCAUCAUCAGUCAACCGCACAGUCGAAAAGCUGGACAAUAUCGUCCUUCCCAACUUCAAAGAGAUCCAGAAUUACACCAAGACUCUCUUUCAAACGCCUUUCCAAGAAGUUAAGGACUUGGUUAAUGAGACUUUGGGUGCUUACAGCUUCGAUCGAUCUGCUCUCCCUGUCCCUGCCAAGAAACAAUUGGCCUUCUGCAACGACAACAAAGGAAUCAACGAUUUCUUCGAUGGCGUUACCGAGAUGGCACUAACAGCACGCAAAAUCUUCAUUGCUGUCCUUAUCGUUGCUGCUAUAUUGGUGUGCAUUCCAAUCGCGUGGCAAGAAAUUCGCCGAUGGCGUUCAAUGAAAGAGCGCUCUCAGUUGGUUCGCAAGGAAGCCCAUGAUCCAAUGGAUGUCGUCUACAUUGUUUCACGACCAUACACCGCUGCUGCGGGUAUCAAGGCAGCAAGCCACUUCAGCAACAGCCGCCGACAGAUUCUCGUGCGAUGGGCCAUUGCCUAUGCCACAUCCUUCCCUGCUCUUUUCGUGCUAGCUCUUGCACUAGCAGCACUAUUCUCUUGUCUGUGCCAAUACCUGCUCCUACACUCAGUGAAGCAAGCUGUUCCCGCAUUAAGUGCCGAAGUGGGAGAAUUUGCAGACAAGGUCGUCGACGCACUAGAAAGUGCCUCAACAGAUUGGGCCACCGACGCCAACAAAGCCAUCAUCAAUCUCGACACUGACCUAAACCACAAUGUCUUUGGCUGGGUCAACAGCAGCACCCAGGCCAUAAACGGAACCUUAAAUUUCUUCAUCUACAACACCUCCAGCGUUCUAAACGAGACUUUCAAAGGCACUCUACUCCAAGAACCCGUUUACGAGUUGUACGAGUGCCUCAUCGGCCUCAAAGCCGAGGCACUCCAAAAGGGUCUGAACUGGGUAGCUGAGCAUGCACACAUCUCCCUUCCCACCCUCCCAAACGACACCUUCUCAGCCGGUGCGUCCUCCAGCAUCAACGAUAGCGCCAACCCCUCCGACAGUUUUCUCGCCGACUCAGGCGACGAAACAGCCAAUAAAAUCACCGAGGUCGUCAACAGCGUUAUCAAGAAACUCGAAGCAGCCCUGCGCAUUGAAGCCAUCAUCGCCACCAUUAUUCUCCUGCUCUGGGUGUUCAUCGCAUUGAUUGGUAUCACUCGCGCCAUGAUGCUUUUCUGGAGUCGCGAGAAGCACCGCGGCGAGGGGGCCAGGGUCAUAUCCUGGAUCCCGUGCCGAAUGGCGGACCACCAGCCCAUGAUCCGAAUGGUUUCACUGAAGUUCCACUUACUGCCAUUCCGAGGACUAUGA